CUCAGAAGCAACAUCGAGGGAUCUAAAGCUGAUUUACUGACAUCACAGAGAAGCAGACGUUUCAUGACGGGAGGAAACGAGGCGCAGCUAUAAUGUCCGCAAUGUCGGCCAUCGGGAGUGCCGAUCUGAGCGGCGGGACGGAGACCACGCCCACAAACAUCUCCUGCGUGGAGAAAAAUCUGUGGGUGACCACCUCGGUUGUCUCCAUGACCGUCGGUAUCCUGUCCAACAGCUUGGCCUUCUUCAUUCUGCUGAAAUCCUCCAAACUUACGCCACCCAAAUCCAAGGCACCCUUCUCGGUGUUCGCCACCAGCCUGGUGGUCACAGACCUGCUGGGCCACUUGGUCAACGGCUCCGUGGUGCUUUAUGUCUACAGCUUGCACAAGCACUGGGAGACCUUCGACCCCAGUGGCAGAGUGUGCAACCUCUUCGGCGCUACCUUGGUCUUCUUCGGUUUGAGCCCCCUGUUCCUGGGGAGCGCCAUGGCCAUAGAGCGCUGCAUCGGGGUCACCAAGCCCUUUUACCACUCCACAGUGUCAGCCUUCCACCACACGAAUAAGCUGCUGUCUGUCAUUUGGCUACUGGCCGCCCUGGUGGCCGCGCUGCCGACGGUGCUUGGGAAGUCCUACAGGGUGCAGAGCUCCAGGAGCUGGUGCUUCUACAAUUUGGAUGAGCCAGACGACGCGUUGGAUGUGUUCCUGCCUCUGCUCUUUGGCCUGCUGGGCUUACUGGCCCUGCUCUUCUCUAUUGUUUGCAAUACAGUGACCAGCUGCUUUCUGGUGUUGUCCACAAUUCACCGCAAGCAUCACAGCAGAGGAACGUCUUACCACACUGAGAUGAUCUGUCAGUUGAUGGCCAUCAUGCUGGUUUCCUGUGUAUGCUGGGGUCCUUUACUGACCCGCGUCAUCAUUCUCACCUCCAAAGACGAUUACGACCCAGUGUCCGACAAACUGCUGUUUCUGGUCCGCAUAGCCACGUGGAACCAGAUCCUGGACCCUUGGGUCUACAUCCUGCUGAGGAAGGCCGUUCUGAAGAAACUCUAUCACAUGCUACAGCGAUGCUGCAGGUCCGAGCCCACGGAGCCCGGGCGCUGGAAGCACCGCUUCCUGCGAAGCUCCGCAUCCAGGCGCUCCAAGUUCGGCCCGCCCACGUGCCUCUUUGAUGGCUUGGUCGUGCAGAACACGCGCAUCAGUUUGUCUGACGACCCGAAGGCCAAACUCUUUCACGGGGUGCUAUCGGUGUGGAAGAAAGGCUGAAAGAAAGUCGGGAGAGGCAAAGAAGAGUGACUAAAUUAUUCUUAAGGUGAAAACAGCAUUCAACAGAAUUUGUCCUUCAGUACAUGAUUUAAAUGGACUAAAUAUGCUAAUUCAUCUUUGGCACAGUUGUGUUGAAUUCCUUAUCCUUCCUAUUAAAUGUGUGGUUUAAUCAGUUCAUAUUAGAGUGGUAAUACAUCACAUGUAUGUAUCAUGUA